UCUUUCAAAUCCCUACAUAUUCACCAUCUGCAGCGAGCUUUGCCCCCAUCUCAGAGACCCCGCCGUGAGAAACCGAAGCCAUGGAUCUCUACGACAAGCCCAAAUAUCUCAAGUUGUUCAGUGUGUACUAUGCCCAACCGCGCGAGCCGACUACGCGCCCCACUGAGUUGGCUAAACAGCUCGCUUCACGUUACUGUCGACGAGGUCUCAAUUUUUGACGCAAUCAAAGGGACAGUUAGUGCUGCAGGAAAUCACAGAAAAAAAAAAAAAAAAAAAAAAAAAAAAAAAAAAAAAAAAACGAAAAAUGAGGCCGCUUGGGUGCAGACUAGGGGAACGGAGACGGAUCAGUUGUGUACCAACUGCGCCAACAACUAUGGCCCGUUCUUGAGUUGCGUUGCUACCACUUUUAGAGAUGGAUGUGCGAAUUGUCAUUUCCUUGGUCUCAGAUGUUCGCUCCGUAGAUGGUACUGGUCCCUUUACCUUGAGCAUCGACUGACUGACAUAGCUACAUCGCGCUCGUCAUCCACCAAUUCUCCCGCGCAGUCUCAGUCGGUGACGAGAACUCCGGCAGCUAAGAAGCAGGGCGAGGUACCAACAGCAUUUCAAUAAGAAGGCCAGAAGGCCAGAAGGCCGAAUAUGCUAACCUCAAACCGAGCACCAGGGCCAAUCACAGGCACCGAAGUCAAACCCCGUUCUUCCUCUACUGAAAACUCCCCGGCGACCAAGAAAUCUCGACUGGAAAAUUCAUCUCCUGCUGGAGCUUCCAGUUUCAGCUUUCGUUCUUUACUUCAACUUGAAUUCGAUAACAGUCAUGCGUCUGCUCCUUCUCCGUCUACUGCUGUUAACGGCGCCCUCUCCCGUCCUCGUCCCGCUUAGUCUAAAGCUGACGGAGC